CACGGUUAUGCACGGGUCGGCUGGCAUUUCCGCACAGAUGUCGUCCGGUACGCCUUUACGUUCGUUGGGACCUCACGGUUGCGCAGAACUGCGCCUUAGGUGUCGAGUAUUUCUCUUGAUGCCGGGUCUCUCUCUGCAGUCAAGGGUGUCUUUCACCGAUGGGGCGGGUAUAAAUUGCGUCCGCCGUUCCCGCCCUCGCCAGUUCAGCAUUUCUUCGCCGGUAUCUGGAUCUAGCAGAACAUGGUCUCCUUCCUCAGCCUAGCACUCGCGCUUUUAGCGCUGACCCAGGCGGUCAUCGCUCAGAAGGCUUGCACCGCCCCCACGACCCGCCGCGAGUUCCGCGAGCUCUCCGAUGGCGACAAGCAACUGUUCAUGAACGCCGUCAAGUGCCUGCGCAACCCCCAACAAGCACCGUCUAUGAUCCCGUCGACGGGGUCGCGCACGCUAUACGAUGAUUUGGUCUACAUCCAUAGGCAGUUUGCGCCGCAGACCCACAACGGCGCUUCUUUUUUGCCUUGGCAUCGAGGCAUGCUGGCGUUGUUUGAGAGUUGGAUGAGUACGAAGUGUGGAUGGAAUGGGGGUUUGCCGUUCUGGGAUUGGACACUCGACUCCCAAGCCCCCCAAAACUCCGUCCUGCUCACCAAUCGCUGGUUCGGCAGUAACGGCAACCCCAACCAACAGAACUGCAUCUACAACGGACAAUUCGUCGGCACCCGCACCGUCUUCACCAACCCGGGGACCUCGAACUGCAUCCAUCGCUGGUUUAAUGUGAACAACAGGCCGACCUCGGGCCCAAGCCUCUACAACAGCGUCGCUGUGCAGACCCUGUUGCAGAACUCGAGGAGUUCGUAUGCUUCGUUCCGCAACAAUUUCGAGAGCCAGCCGCAUAAUCUUCUUCAUACGUCCAUGGGCGGGGAUAUGUUCGUUGUGGCGAUCUCUCCUAAUGAUCCCCUCUUCUAUCUGCAUCACGCGAAUGUCGACCGCCUGUGGACCCUCUGGCAACGCAACAACCCCACCCUCGCCAACACCUACAACGACUUCAACCGCCCCGUCACCAUCAACGACAUCAUGCAAUACAACUCACUCUAUCCCAACACCCCCGUGCGAUCCUUCCUCUCGACGACCGCGGGGGACCUCAUGUGCUAUCGCUACAGCAACAGCGUCGCUCCUACGGGUCUUUUGUUCACGGGAACCGCUGCCCCAGCCGAUGUCAAUGCCACAAGCUCGGUCCCCGGCGCUGCGGAUAAGACCCGGUUGAAACCCGUUGAGCGGAUCUCCGAGACCUGGCUGAAGCACAUGAACUACACGAAACCCGAGAUUGCCGCCAUCCGGGAGCAAGAAGCGCUCGUCAACAACGUCGUUAAGUUCGCCAACAAGGCCGGCUUCGUGUCGCACGACGCGCCCGUGUACACCGGAACUCAGGAGUGGAGACCAGUGACGGACAAGGAAGUGGCUGUCCGCACGCGGAUGCUUUCGAUGUUGGCGGACACGGCCAAGGAGGCUGUUGCUCAGGCAAGCGCGCCGAUGUUUGGAUCAGAUUCGAAUGCGAUUUCGGGGAAGGUGGAGGCCGUGUUGGCUCUUUCUAAGCUGUGGACUUUGGCGUAGUAGCUUCUCUUCCCAUAUAUUUCGUUCGUUGUUAACAGUACCUUCUGCCAGGGACACCUCGAAUCUUUGGUGUGUAUGUUUGUAUGUAAAGAUCCCGUAAUCCAAAAAGUCACUGAGAAAUUGUUGACUUCCCACGCCCUUUGCCUGCAUAUUAGGCUCCGUCGGUGCUUGAAUAAGACCUCACGUUUGCAUUUUGGCGACACUCUCUGAGACACCGAUCUGAUAAAAGGAAUCUCACGGGGUCCAAUGCUGCUCAACAUCCGUCGUUUCGAG